AUGGCGCCAAUCAUCCCGGACAAUACCCAAGACCCGACAGUUGCCCCGGCUAGCAGCAGGCCACCUACCCCAGUGCCCCAGUUAGACCGGCCAAUCGACGUGGCUAGAUUUGCUAUCGAGCGUGCCCCCGCACCUACGAUUCUGCUGGUAGAAGACUCCUUCAAAAUUAUGAUCGCUGGAGAGUCGGGGCUUGGGAAGUCAACAUUCAUCAACAACAUCUUCUCUUCGUACAACGGGGGCAGGCCGAUCAUGCCGGACCACGCUGCCUCAGGCGAGACGGGGGGAGAAGCUGUCCUGCCAGCAGGAGUUGCGCCUGAUGAUGGAUCUGCAGAGGAAGGUUCCUUGAAGCCUCCCACCUUGGCCAUUGACCAAUCAUGUGUCUUCGCAACAAGAAAUGCAGACCAGACAAUGAACAUCACCUACCGAAUGGUAGACACUCCAGGCUGGGGAGACGACAUAGACGUUUCCAGAAGCAUUGCAAGAGUGACCGACUUCUUGCUGUCCUGCCACCGCGUCUACCAGGAGCGAUUCACCGGCCAACCCUACGGUGUGGAGAAGGAGGACGAACGCGUCGCUUGUAUUCUGUACUUCAUCGCACCCCAUCGGAUCAAGCCGAUUGAUGUCGAGUUCAUGAAGCAGCUGAGCAAGCUAGCACCCCUCAUUCCGGUUGUGGGGAAGGCUGACACGAUGAGCAAACCGUCGAGAUCAAACUUGGCUGCCGCAAGGAAGCCAAGUGAGGUGGAGAGCUUUCGACGGGUAGUGCUGAAGGAGCUUAAAGAUAACGAGAUCAGCUGCUUUCACGAACCGCCUAGGGUCUUCUUCGUGGGGGCCAGCAAGGUGUACGAUCCCGUCAGACUGCAGGAAGAUCCGGCAGUCUACUGGCCGAUCCGCGAGUAUCCGUGGGGAGUGUGCAACAUCCUGGACCCAAACCAUACCGACACAGGCGAGCUCAAGCUCAGUAUGCUUGGAAAGGACUACAGAAACCUACAACUCCGAAAGCGAGAGAUCUACGAGGCAGCCGUGAACGACGGUCGGCUUGGACUCGUGACGUCCAAGACGCCCAUCUGCUUGAGCACCCAGUACCGGGGCUCAGGAGGGAAGAUGUGUACCGUGUACAUCACCCGGUGGCUGAACGGAACCCCAGGAGCCAUCUCUGCAGCCCAGCCCUCUUCGGAGUAUGAGAACCUCCACCUGCAACAGCUCGACGACGAAAAGUUGCACUACGGCUCCGUCAUAGGCCUGAAGCACAGCGAGACGCAGAAGUUUCUCUGUGAUCAGAGCGGCCACUUGCUGCCGCCGAGGGGGCUGGCUUGGGAUCGAGCAAGGGCGAACGACUUCGAGCAAUUUAAGAUUCUGGAGGCGCCGAAGGAAUCCAAGAAAGCCAACGCCUACGGCUCGCCGGAGGAGGUCGAGGCAAUUCUCGAGCGUCUCUACGUGGGCAGCAAGAUCAUACUCAGGAGCCUUGCAGUGCCGGACAAUGAAACGAGCUACCUGUACUUCGACCAGAACCGGCGCUCGUAUAAGAAAGAGCUGAACGAGGCAGGAAGGAACUUCGACAACCAAUAUGGGUUCGAUCUGACUAUUGCUGACAAAGCCACCGUCUGGACGAUCUGCAACACAAAGGGGCAAGCUCGCCCUUGGUCGAUCCCUUAA